AUGACUAACGAAAAUUCGAAAACGAGUAUAAAGGUAGAAAAAACAAUAUUAAACAGUACAGCGUCGUCUUCGAAAAAUCCUGUUUUACAACAUGAUGACCAUGGUUGUUCCUCGUUAAUCAAUCAGACAGUAGCCACAGCAAUAUGGAAUAUUCCAAGUACAAGUACCUCGCCUUGUGAUUUAUAUAGUAAUAAACACAGACGUAUUACUGUCCAAAAUAAAAUAGUAAUACUUUCGGAUAUCAAAAUACAGAACAUUUUUGGAACGGAGAAAAAAAGUGCUGAUAAGAUUUGUUAUUUUGGACUUAGUGACUUCUGCCGCGACGAUAACGAUAUCAUUAAGAAUUCAAGAAAGGGAUUUUCAGAGCGUGAACUCCUUUCCGCCUUAGAAGAAGUUUGGUCUUAUGUUGAUCUGGACUCUGAUUAUGAUGAUGAUGACAUUUUUGUACCACCCCCAUCUACUUCUGUUUGUGGUAAGUCCGAUGGAGUGGUUAUUGAUAGCAGGAUUGAGCUAUUGCUUAGUGAAUCUAAUGAAGAUGUUCCCUCUACAUCCGUCGAGGUAAAUUCCACGAUUAAAAGAACCUCUGAGAAUUACUCUCAAGAAAAUCAAUGUGUCUUGGUAGAACAGAGUCCAGCGGUCCCCUAA